AUGGAGAAUCAUCAGAAUCAUCACCCUUCAACGUUGUUGUCUAUGGAUUCGAGUGCGUCUUCUCACGAGGAAUUGGACUUGGAGAUGAAUCGGCAGAUCAUACUUUCUCGUCCACCCGAUAUUAAUUUGCCUCUUUCUGCUGAACGUAGUCCGCCGCCUCAGUCGUGGAAUUCUGAUCCUUGUGAUAUUUUGGAUGUUGGUCUUGGUACUCAAGGGUAUGAGACGGAGACUUUUCUUACUUUGCCCAAGGUUGGAAGAAAAUGUGCUAAGCGAGUUGAUAGCAUAUGGGGUGCUUGGUUUUUCUUUAGUUUUUACUUUAAGCCGUCAUUGAAUGAUAAAUCGAAGGCCAAGAUUAUCAGGGACGGAAAUGGUAUUUCGGGUUUUGAGAAAUCGGAUCUCAAUCUUGAUGUUUUCAUGGUUCAACAUGAUAUGGAGAAUAUGUACAUGUGGGUUUUCAAGGAGAGGCCUGAGAAUGCGUUGGGUAAGAUGCAGUUGAGGAGUUACAUGAAUGGUCAUUCUCGCCAAGGGGAGCGUCCGUUUCCUUUUAGCGUUGACAAAGGUUUUGUUCGAUCACACCGGAUGCAAAGGAAGCAUUAUAGAGGACUUUCGAACCCUCAGUGUGUACAUGGCAUUGAGGUUUAUCCUUCACCCAAUCUGAUGAAUCUUGACGAGGAUGAUCGGAAAAGGUGGAUUGAACUCACCGGCCGAGAUUUGAAUUUCACAGUCCCAACUGAAGCAAGUGAUUUUAGUUCGUGGAGAAAUCUCCCCAACACGGACUUUGAGCUUGAGAGACCUCUUCCUUCAAUCAAGAGUGCUGCAAAUGGACACCCUCCUAAGAAGCUGCUUAAUGGGUCUGGGCUGAAUCUGUCAACUUCUCUGUCUAACCACACCAACGGCGAUUUGUUGGACCUACCUUCUGCCAAUGGAAAAAAGAGAAAAGACUUUUUCCCUCAUGUAAACGGGAACGGAAAUGGAACCCUAAAUGGAAACCUAAACGGAAACCUAAACGAUGAAGAAUGUUACCUUGCUGUUAAUCCUCCAUCUGAUCGGAUCCAAGAUAUAGAAAUGCAUCCAAGUGAGCCGCACUGGUUGAAUGACUUCAGCGGGGUGAUAAAGAAUGUAUACGGACCGGUAACAGCCGCAAAAACUAUCUACGAGGAUGAACAAGGUUACUUGAUUAUCAUCAGUCUACCCUUUGUAGACCUUGCAAGUGUGAAAGUUUCAUGGAGGAACACUCUAACUCACGGUAUCAUCAAAGUUUCUUGUAUGAGCACAUCUCGAAAGCCAUUCAUCAAGAGACGCGAUAGAACAUUCAAGCUUACAGAUGCAUCCUCAGAACACUGCCCCCCUGGAGAGUUUGUCCGCGAAAUCUCUCUUUCAACCAGAAUCCCUGAAGAUGCAAAUCUGGAAGCAUACUAUGACGAGCCAGGAUCAGUGCUAGAAAUCAUGGUGCCAAAACAUCGCGUCGGACCAGAAGAACACGAAGUCCGGGUUUGCCUCCGACCUCAUCUGGGAGGGAAUGAUCUUAUGUUGACUUGA